CUAUCUUUGAAUAACUACUCCUUGACCUUGUAAACUUUGUUAUUGGAGGAAGUAAACCAAAAGAAACAAAAGCAAAGACAGCAAAAGGCCGUUUUGUCGUUGCAGUUGAAGUUGCUGUAGUUGCCGUUGUUAAAAAUCUUAAAAAUAGAAAUCACAACCUUCGCCAACCUCUCCCAAGCUGUUGUUACUGUUCCAAUAUCCCACAAUUGAAGGUUUCUUCGGGAAGAUCAUUUGGUCCCCUCUUUCCAUUCUCUCUCUCUCUCUCUCUCUCUCGUACUUUGUUCACAGAAGACUCGUGUUCAUCAUCAAGUCCUCUGGAUAUUUUCGCGAAGAAAGAGAGAGAGAGACAAAGAGAGUUUCUUAAUCUUCAGAGAUCUGGGAGUUCCAUGCAGAGAGGUGAAUAAGUAGAGAAUGGAGAAGAAAGGGGUCUGGUUUUCCGCACUGAAGAAAGCUUUCUGUUUUAAAUUUAAACUCGAGGAAAAGGAAGAGAAGCAGAAAACCCGCAAACCAAGGAAAGGUUGUUUUGGGAAGCUCACUAAACGGGCUCCAGUUUCUUCAUCCAAAGAAAUUGCUUUGGCUAUUUCUUCCCCUCCCCCUGCUCCUGCUAUUCCUGAUCCUCUCCCUUCGGCUUCCAUUGAAGAAGAUGUGAAGUUGACCGAAACCGAGAAUGAACAGAACAAGCAUGCUUUUUCGGUGGCAAUCGCCUCCGCUGUGGCUGCAGAAGCGGCUGCUGCAGCUGUUCAGGCUGCUGCAGAGGUUGUUCGGCUCUCUACUUUUACAUGUUCUUCUGGAAAAUCGGAAGAGGAAAUUGCAGCUGUCAUGAUUCAGACUGCAUUCCGUGGAUACUUGGCAAGGAGGGCAUUGCGGGCUUUAAGGGGAUUGGUGAGAUUGAAAUCAUUUAUAAAAGGACAAUCUGUCAACCGCCAAGCGGCCACCACAUUAGAAUACAUGCAGACUCUAGCUCGUGUGCAGUCUCAGAUUCGUGCAAGGAGAAAUCAAAUGUUGGAGGAGAACCAGGCUCUCCAGCGGCAGCUCCAACAGAAACGUGAUAAAGAGCUUCAGAAGUUAAGAAAUUCUAUGUCAGGAGACUGGGAUGAUAGCACACAAUCUAAGGAGCAAGUUGAAGCAAAACUACAGAUCAGGCAAGAAGCUACUAUGCGAAGAGAAAGGGCAUUGGCUUAUGCAUUCUCCCAUCAGCGAAUGUGGAAGAUUUCUUCGAAAUCCGCAAAUUCAACAUUUAUGGAUUCGAACAAUCCUCAUUGGGGUUGGAGUUGGUUAGAGCGAUGGAUGGCAGCCCGUCCAUGGGAGAACCAAAGUGUGAUGGAUCACAGUGACCGUGUAUCUGUAAAAAGCACUGCAAGCCGUGCCAUUUCUGUUGGAGAAAUCACCAAAGCUUAUUCUCGUCGUGAUCUUAACCAGCAUAAUAAGCCCUCUGUUAUUGGAAAAAAACCAAGCCGACCUCCUAGCCGCCAAUCCCCUUCAACUCCCCCUUCAAAGGCACCACCUUCAUCAUCAGUAACCGGGAGACGAAAGACACAUAGUCCCAAGGGGAGUGGCUGGAGUGGGGAUGAUGACUUGAGGAGUAUGCUCAGUGUCCAAUCAGAUCGUUGCCGCCGGCAUAGCAUCGGAGGUUCAUCAGUGAGGGAUGACGAGAGUCUUGCUAGCUCACCUACAAUUCCAAGUUACAUGGCACCAACACAAUCGGCAAAGGCCAGGUCCCGCCUGCCAAGUCCAUUAGGACCAGCCAAAAAGGGUACACCGGAGAAGGGAUCGGCCGGUUCUGUGAAGAAACGUCUCUCAUUCUCUGCCUCCCCUGUUGGACUGAGAAGGCAUUCCAGCCCUACUAAGGUGGACUUUACCUCCAACAAGGACAUUGGAGCGGAUACAGGGAAUUAUAUCGAUACUGCUGGGACCAGGUAAUGGGGGGAGACAAAACAAAUUGUGGGUUUAGGCCGAGUGUACAUGAAAAGAUUGGGCAUAACAUGGGUUGCGAGUUUGAUCUUCAUUUUCAUCUUGUUCUUUUCCAGAGUCUGCUUCUGUUAGAGAGAUGCCAUGGAAGAGGAAGAUACAAUCUCUAUGGCAAUGAUUCCUGAUAUGCAUAGAUGUAAUGUUGUGGGGAUUUAUUUUCUUUAAUCAUUUUGUUUUUGUCUCAUUUUAUAAAGUGGGGUUCUUGAGAUUGUGACAAAAACCUGGUGUAACACGUUCAUUUAAUGCUUUGCGGUUUCCUCUCUCUUUCUUUAAA